AUGGGCCGCGACGACUGCUCGUACCAGCGCGUCUCUGCCGAGGAGAACGACGAGGUCAAGGCGCGCAAAAAGAUGCUCAAGGCGCAGAAGGAGGCGGGCGGAGGAGGAGGAGGCGGUGGCGCUCUUGGCAGCCGCCGUCGCUGGAACCGCAAGCUCGACCUCGGCCGCUCUACCCGCCGUCGUCGCACUACGACGCCGUCGACGAGGUCGCCGUCCCCUGCGCCCUCCAACACCGGACUCACCCCCGCCGCCUACGACUGGUCCGUCAAGUCGCCCUCCGAACCCUGCGCCGCUCCUCCCGCCGCCCAAACGAGGCAGCCGUACUUCGACUACCCUGCCGCUGCUGCCAUGCUGCCGACACCGCAAGAAGAGGCGUCCGCGCAUGUCUUCUCGCCGCCGAUGGGCUCGCCCUACGACGAACGUCCGACCUACGUCGCACCCGCCUUCGCGGCCUGUCCCUUGACGCCGCCCGAAGAGCACUUUGUCCCGACGUCGCGCAGCAUCGCGUGCCCGCCGAUCCAGGAGGUCUACUCGCAACGUCCGACCCUCGUCCACUACAACUCGGCGCCGUUCGUCCAGCAAACUGCGCCCUUCGCUGUGCAGAGCGCGAUGAUGCCGCUGAUGGUCGAGCGUUCCUGGGCGCUCCAGCAGUCUCGCCACGCCUCAAUCCAUACGCUCGUCUCGCCCGACCCCUCCGCUCCUCCUUCGCCGACCGUUCCUCGCGGCCUCUCCCUGCCUGAAACGACGCCCCUCGUCGCACCCAUCCCGACUCGUCCUCCUCAAAACUGCGAGUUCCUCACCCACCACCCGACGCCGAGGAACAGCUGGGACGGCACGGCAGCUGCGUACGCAGUGCGUCCUCCGCGAGACGAGAUCCUCGCGCCUGCGCCGGUCCCGAGCUGGGACGCCGUCCUCGCCGACGACGAAGUCGACUCGUCGGCGUGCUACACCGAGUCGUGGGUCGACACGCAGAACCGCCAGCCGCUCGCGGAUUAUUUCUCGAAAUACCAGCAAGUCUGGUGA